GUGUUGAUCUCCAGGUUUGCACUUCUAAAAAUCCAACAUGCUGUACCAAAAAGAUGGAAGAAAGGUAUCAAAUUGCAGCGAAGCAAGAUAUACAGCAAGUGCUUCAAACAUCAAGUGCUACAUUAAAAUUUUUAAUAUCUCGUAAUGCAGCUGCUUUUCAAGAAGCCUUUGAAAUGCUUAUCAGACUGGCUGAGAAUUACACGAGCACCCUUUUCUGCAAUGCUUACAGAAACAUGGCAGCUGAGGCUACUCUGCGUGUUCAGGAGUUUUUCACGGAUGUUGGACUCUUCAUAUUUGGCACCGAUGUUAGCACAGAGGAAUUUGUCAAUAGAUUUUUUGACACCCUGUUUCCAGUGGUCUACAACCAUGUGAUUAACCCUGGUCUGACUGACAUUUCGAUGGAAUAUGCAGAGUGCCUUCAAAUGGCGAGAAGAGACAUCAGACCCUUUGGCAACAUUCCCAAAAGGGCCUUGGGACUAAUGGGAAGAUCACUCUUACCCAGCCGGACUUUCUUGCAGGCUCUGAAUUUGGGGAUUGAAGUGAUCAAUACCACAGACCACCUGCAUUUCUCUAAAGACUGCAGCAGAGCUUUACUGAGAAUGCAGUACUGCCCCCACUGCCAGGGGCUGACCCUAAGCAAGCCCUGCAUGGGCUACUGCCUCAACAUCCUCCGGGGCUGCUUAGCUAACAUAGCAGAAGUUGAUUUUCAUUGGCGUGGAUAUAUUCAGUCCCUGGAGGAGCUCUCAAGUGCCAUGAGUGGAACAUACGACAUUGAACAUGUGCUUCUAAACUUCCAUUCACUUGUUAAUGAUGCUCUCACACAGGCUCGGACCCAUGGGCCAGAAUUAUCUGAGCAGGUGAAAAAGAUAUGUGGUCCUCCUGUAAGGAAGCCUACGCAGUCUCCAGGUUGCUCCUUUGAUCAAAACAAAGAUGAUCAAGGGUUGAAGAUGUUCUCGAGAGACAGUGAAGAAACGCUCGCCAAGAGAAGAAAGGAAUUUAUCAGCCACCUCCGGCUCUUCAGGGCGUUUUACGGUGGCCUGGCUGAUCAGCUGUGUGGCAAUGAGUUGGCAGCUCCUGAUGGACUCCCAUGUUGGAAUGGAGAAGAUGUCGUAAGAAG